CAAAUCUAAUAAAAAAAUCCAUUUGGAAACCGAGUCCUAUUUCCAAUAUAGGCCCGACCCAACGCAAUUUCUGUCUCGCGCAGCCGCUCACUCACCGUAGGUGAAGAAUCUGCAACCCUAGAUCAAAGACGAAGAAAAUGGAAAACAAACAGUCUGGGCAAAAAGAUAUAUCACCAGCAGAAGCAGUUCUUCUCGGAGCCCUAAGUCCUGGAGUCAACGGUCCAACAUGGACUACGCUAAAAACAACGUUUUUGAUGCUGGGUCUGAGUCUGGCUGUUAUGCUUGGUUUAGCAUUCUCUUCUAGUGAUUCCGCUUUAACACUUCAUGUGAUUUUCCUUGUUCUCAUCACAGCGAGCCUCUUCUUGCUUCUUAGCUGGCAUGCAUCCAAGAUGCUUAGCUUGAUCCGCAUCCAAGAUGCUUAGCUUGAUCUGCAUCUAAGAUGCUAAGAUUGAUUUGCAUUGGGACAUGCUAUACGACGACUUUGAACUAUGGUCAAAUUGGUGCCUAAAACAUAUCUAAUGUGUACAUAUGUUUGGAGUUGAACAAGGUAAAAAUGAAAAGGCAGAAGUUCUAUUUUGACAUAAACCCUACUUGAAAGAAGUUGCUUACUUCCUAGUAAAGGCUGGCACCCUGUUUCUGGAUACUUGGUUGCUACUUCCCUUUGUACGAUAUUGUCAUAUAGCAGAUUACUUCAAUAACUGUAGUUGUUUAAAAAGGAAAGUGAUGGUAGCUUUCAGAAACCAUUUCAUACAACUACUUUUUCGGAAUACUAAAGUCAUCCUUAAUUGAGUUCUUAAUUUAGAUGCUGUUGGAAAGAAUCUUUAGUGAAGCUGAAUGCUUCUGGGAACUGGAACCAUGACACAAUCAAAUUUUUCAUGAAUUUAUAUAUUUAGAUCUUAUUGAGAUUGUCCUUUAAACAAUAGAUUUUCUUCUAUUGCAUGCUUUCAUCUCCAAGCAAUGCUGCAAUAGAAACAUUAUAAGCAGAGAGGUGAAUAUUAAGUUUGAUAUCUUGCAUGAUAACUUUCAUGAGUAUUCAGUCAAAGCUUACGGCAAUUAUUAUGUUUUCUGUUUGUGGCAUUCAUAUUGUGCUCAAAAUGAUUUGUUACUAACUAGAGCUGUUACGGGAUAUACUUGGAAGAAGAGGCCAUUACCAAUCUGGUGGUUACUUUGGGAUUGCCCUGCUUAGGUCAUUUGAACUCAUAGGUUAACCAUUUAAUUUUGGAGGCCAAGAGAUUAGAUCAUGAUGUAGAUGGCUAACAAAAGUUAAUUUCUCUUGAAUCUAGUAAGCAAUGUCUCUUACGUGGUUGUGGACAUUUAGAUGUUUUAUGUGGGGCAUCUGAUUUCUUCCAUUAUUACCUUUAUGCUGGGAAAUUGGGGUUCAUUUUAUUUUUGAAAACAAUUUCAAUGAACAGAAUGAAAUCCAAAGUCAUAUAUUUGGAUGCUUCCUUAAGCAUUGAAUUUGCCUGCAGGUUUCUUUCACAGACUGGUCUGGUUUCAGUUGAACAUCAAAUGCAGGAGAUGGGCUUGGCACCAAAA